AUGGCAGAAGAUGCAGAUACAAUCAUUGAUGAGGAAGAAGUAGACCUUGAAGAUGAUGAUUUGGUUUCUAUUGAUGAUGUUGACUCCAUUUUAGAAGAUGGUCUGAAAGCUGAACAUGUAGAGGACGAUGAAGUUAUAUCUCUCAAAAGAAACUUCAAUGAUCAAUUCCUCAACAAACUUUGUCCAAUACAGAAUAAUAACUUGGUUGAAGAAGAUCAUAAUGUAAUACAACCUAUUUACCCAAGACAUGAUCAUACUCAGGAAUGGAAUGAGAUGAAGCCUCGAUUAGGUAUGAAAUACUCUAUUACUACUGAACUUAAAUAUUCUCUUAGUUGCUAUGUUGUAGCAAAUGGUAAUGAUCUGCAGUAUGAAAAGAAUGACAAGAGACUUCAUACUAUUUUGCCUCCAUUAAGGAGGAGGUUACCUGGCAGGCCAUGUGUCAAACGGAAAAGAGAUCAGGCAGAAAGAGACCUAAGUGGGCAUACAAGGCAUACUGUGUCAAGGGCAGGCAUUCCUCUAAGAUGUACCAUUUGCCACCAAACUGGCCACAACAAAGCCACGUGCCCAAGUAAGCCAACUCCAGCUCUAAGCACAGCUAGUCCAAGUCAAUUAACUCCAGCUCCAAGCACAGCAGGUCCAAGUCAAUCAACUCCAGCUCCUGUCAAGAGAACUCCUGUGAAUAAGGCUCUUAUGAAGAAGGCUCAUGUGAAGAGAAGUCCUAUGAAGAAGGUUCCUUUAAAUGAUGUUGGUAGGGUGAGAAAGUUUGAGAAAUAA